AAUGUCUUACGCUUAUCUCUUCAAGUACAUCAUAAUCGGCGAUACUGGAGUAGGGAAAUCAUGCCUUCUGCUACAGUUCACGGACAAGAGGUUUCAGCCUGUGCAUGAUCUGACCAUCGGUGUUGAGUUUGGGGCAAGGAUGAUCACCAUCGACAACAAGCCCCUCAAACUCCAGAUCUGGGAUACGGCUGGUCAAGAAUCCUUUAGGUCUAUUACAAGGUCCUACUAUAGAGGUGCUGCUGGUGCUUUACUUGUCUACGAUAUCACUAGGAGGGAGACAUUUAACCAUCUAGCAAGCUGGUUAGAGGAUGCGAGGCAGCAUGCAAAUGCUAAUAUGACUAUUAUGCUCAUUGGUAACAAAUGUGAUCUUGCUCACAGAAGGGCUGUCUCCACUGAGGAAGGUGAGCAGUUUGCUAAGGAGCAUGGUCUUAUUUUCAUGGAGGCCUCUGCCAAGACUGCUCAGAAUGUCGAAGAGGCGUUCAUUAAGACAGCGGCAACAAUAUACAAAAAGAUUCAAGAUGGUGUGUUUGAUGUGUCGAAUGAGUCCUAUGGAAUCAAAGUUGGAUAUGGAGGAAUCCCGGGGCCAUCUGGUGGUAGAGAUGGAUCCACCUCGCAAGGAGGAGGUUGCUGCGGCUAAAGAUGGGAACACUUUCUCUAUAUCAUCAUCAUGUAAAAAAUUAUCUACGUUUUUCAAUUAGUUUGUAAAUCGUUCUGGUGCUCGAUUUGGUGACUGUGUUUGUGGUUGAUUUCGAAACUUGUUAUUCAUUUUAUCUAAAAAAGAUGUGAUUUUACGUAUCUAAGAAUCCUGUUUUC